AUGGACUCUGAAUCUGCGAGCCCUCGGGAGUCUCUCGGAAAGUUUCAAGCAGUUGCAAUGGAGGGGCAGAAAAGCACCCUGAUGGGACGCGUGCUCUCCUCACCCGGCUUCGCCGAAGGUGAGAUCCUUGCGAGCAACACAGCUCUCAGUUUCUGGGGAGGGGUCAAUCCUCUAACGGGAGUUGUCAUUGACAGCCAUCACCCACUGGUGGGGCUUUCCAUGAAAGGAAAAGUACUUGCAAUACCCAGUGGUCGCGGAUCCUGUUCUGGGAGUGCUGUGAUUCUAGAAUUGUUCUUAAGCGAAAGCAACCCUUGUGCACUUAUUUUCAAGCGAGAAGAGUUGAUCCUGGCACUCGGGGUUAUCGUUGCCCAAGAGAUGUUCCAGAAAACCAUUUCAGUCCUCCAAGUCUCGCACCAAACGUUUGAGGCGGUCUUGCGUCUCAAAACAUUGCAAAUCAACGGAGGCCAUAUUGUACCGAUCAAUGUAUCAAGCUCAGUACCCAGUUCUAUUUCACCGCCACCAGAUAUCGCGUCGGACUUCUCCUCGAUCACGCUGACCGCACUUGAUCGCGAGAUGUUGAACGGAGCGCAGGGAAGAGGGCCACAGUUCGCGAUGCGGGUCAUUCUUCGCACAGCCUUGAUCCAAGAAGUCACUGAGCUGAUCGACAUCAAGCAAGCACACAUUGAUUGCUGCAUCUAUACCGGUCCAGCUGUGCUGAAAUUUGCUCAGACCCUGCGUGAAUGGGGCGCGAAAGUUCGCAUACCCACAACAUUGAAUGCAAUCUCGAUUGACAGACGAUUAUGGCAAGUACAAGGUGUCGACCCGAAUAUUGCAGAGCCCUCUGAGCAAUUGGCACAGGCAUAUCUUGAUAUCGGAGCCAAAGCAAGCUUUACUUGCGCACCGUAUCAACUGGAAAGCGCACCAAGUCUUGGGGAUAAUAUCAUGUGGGCCGAGUCGAAUGCCGUUGUCUAUGCGAAUAGUGUUCUUGGGGCUCGCACCAUCAAAUGCCCGGAUUUCCUCGACGUCUGCGUUGCAUUGACCGGUCGAUCAUUAAACACCGGAUGCCACCUUACCCAGCAUCGAAAGGCCAGGCUUCAAAUCCACUGUGAUGCCAUAGAAGGAUCCGAUGAUGCGUUGUUCCCUCUUCUCGGGUACCUCGUGGGUGAUAUUGCCGCAGAUGGAAUUCCAAUUGUCACUGGCUUGGAGAAGACAGUGGCUACGACUUCGGAUCUCAAGGCUUUUGGGGCAGCAUUCGCAACCACCUCCAGCGCCCCCAUGUUUCACAUCGCAGGAAUCACCAUCGAAGCUCGGAGUGAAAAUGAAAUAGAAGCACAUCUACAAGACAUUCCAAGAUUCAAAGUCACGCGAUCGGACUUGGCCAAGCAAUGGAUGUCGUUCAAUUCUAGGGGAACAGAGGAGGAUACGCCGAUAGAUUUGAUCUCACUCGGCAAUCCUCACUUUUCAUACGAGGAGAUUCAAACACUUGCAGAACUCGUCAAAUCCCGCACCAAAGCCCCUUCAACCACAUUAGUGGUGACGUGUAAUCGUGAGAUCUACUCACAAGCUUGCAAAAAUGGAUCAAUAUCAACCGUGGAAGAAUUCGGAGGACAGAUCAUCACCGAUAUUUGUUGGUGCAUGAUCCAGGAACCCAUAAUUCCUCGAGAAUCGCAGACUAUCAUGACCAACUCGGCCAAAUAUGCUCACUAUGGUCCAGGAUUGACUGGCCGACGAAUGCGUUUUGGGGGGCUGAUCCAAUGUGUCGAAGCUGCUUGUCUAGGGACUGCAAGAAAUUGUCUUCCUCCAUGGCUUGAAAAAUCGAAUUAG